UCAUGUUAAUGGGUUUAAAGCGAAGUUUACGAAAAAAAAAAGUAUACCAGAGAGGGAAUUGCUUUGAGGUGUGAAGCGAAGACUACGAUAUCUUUCAUUUUCAUGGCAACGACCUAGUUCCAAAUUGAAGACUUCAAUUGUUUCUUCCUCCAGUUGUUCACAAUUUGAGGAAUUUAAGAAUGGCCGGAACCCUACAGAUGCAAUGUGAAGCCUCCGACAGCCAUAACGAGUCAUUCCAAAGACUAGUGGCAACAAUGAAUGCCGAGUCCCCGUGCUCCUCCCAAGCUACAGACAACAGUAGUACCACUUACCUAAGACCACGUCUCCUCCGCAGGCGCAGGAAAUCCCCAUGUUUUCAGAUGAUGGUGCGUUACGUUGCCAAAGGCUUCUUGACUAAGGAGAGUGACAGACAAUAUUAUGCUGACAGAUAUACUUGCUGUCCCCCUCCGUGGUUCAUACCUAUUAUUACAUUGGCAGAGAUCGGCCUCUUCACGUAUCAUUGUCUGGACGCAGGGGUUAUUUCUGCAAACGGACCAAUACCAGUGGAAAGUGUUCUAAUUUACCGACCAGAUAAAAGAAUUCAGUUAUGGCGAUUUAUCAUGUACACCCUCAUCCACGCAGGAUGGGUUCACUUAUUCUUUAACAUGCUGGUACAGAUCCUGGUAGGUCUUCCCCUGGAGAUGGUGCACGGGUCAGGAAGAGUAAUGAUAGUGUACAUUACAGGAGUGUUAGCAGGGUCCCUGGGUACCUCUGUAUUUGAUACUAAGGCGUACCUCGUGGGGGCCUCAGGGGGAGUGUACUCGUUACUUGCUGCUCAUCUGGCUAACAUCAUGCUGAAUUACUCUGAAAUGGAAUUCGGGCUCAUUAAAUUUGGUGCUGUUUUAAUUAUAGCCAGUGCGGACGUGGGAUUUGCAGUAUGGGACAGGCUGCUGGAGAAAGAUUUACUCCCCCAGGUCAGCUAUACUGCCCACUUAAUGGGGUCCUUAGCAGGACUGACCGUGGGGCUUCUAGUGCUCAAGAACUUUGACCAGAGGCUACACGAACAAUACUUGUGGUGGAUUGCUUUCGCUGUGUAUAUGGGUUGGACAGUUUUCGCUGUAUGCUGGAAUAUCUUUUAUUACUAAUUCCAAGUGAUGUUUCUCUUAG